AUGUUUUGUGCCAUUAGUGGGAAGCCAACAAGAGUCCCAGUUUUGUCUCCUUCAUCAAAAUGUGUCUUUGAAAAACAGCUGAUAGAGGAAUAUGUUCAACAAGAAGGUAAGGACCCGGUAAACGAUGCAGCAUUGACUGUUGAUCAACUUAUACCGAUAGCACAGACUCCCGAGCAAACUUCUCUUGCGAAUAAUUUGAACUCUUCCACUUUGAAUAGUAAUUACAGUAUACCAAAUCUGCUAUCAAGUUUACAAAAUGAAUGGGAUGCAGUUAUGUUGGAAAAUUUCAAGCUAAGGAAACAACUGAAUCAAUGCACAAAACAACUGUCCACAGCUCUUUACCAGAGAGACGCGGCAAAGAUAGUGGCAACAAAGGCUAUGGCAGCUAAUGAAGGGUUGAAGCGUGAAUUAGCACAAUUGGUAUCUGAACUGGGAUCUACAGCUGCCGCGGAAGUCGAAGAACCUGAUAUGGGACUUUUAGAGAGGCUUAGACAUGAGUCUGAGGCCUAUCUCGCCAAAACAAGGAAAAUUGGUAGCGAUUUUAAUCUUUCAGUGAUAGCGCCCUUCCGGCUUGAAAAGCAAUACACUGUCAAUGACUCUCUCAAUUUGCAUCGAGCUAUUUCGUUGCGUCUAGAAUCGCAGCAGAAGCUUGCCUUUCAACUGUCGAUUGCCUCCGAGGUGUGCAGUUUAAUUGGCCCUUCGAAUUAUCGCACAAUUGAAGUGCCUUUGAAAGACGAGGUUAGAUAUAUAAAAUGCACCGCUAGCGGUGAGCAGCUACUGUUUGCUCCUGCACACGGGUCAUGUUGCAUUCACGAUCUGGUCAAAAAUGUGACAUAUGACACAGAGGUCGAGAGUCGAGGUGUCAUCUAUAUGUCAUCUCAUGAAGAAAUUUUGAGCGAUCACUUCCUAUGGGCAAGUAAUACUGGCAGAAUAGGUCUUACCACACUCAACGGUGAGAAAACAUUCGUCAUCAUUGAGGGCUCUUCAGAUGAAGAAUUUUUCACUGCAACUUAUCAUAAAGACGGUAUACUCUUUGCUCUCGCCAGUAAAAGUGCGAUCAAGAUUUUCGAUUUAAGCAGGCCAAGUGAGCUUCCUACUGUUUUCCAAGUUGGUGAACAAAUCAAUGCUGAGGGAGAGAUCAAAAGAGUCCAGUUUAGUAGUAAUGGUUACUGGAUGGUAGUCCAAUGUGGCGAUGUUGUUAUAAGUUUUGAUCUAAGGAAAGAACCAGGAACUUUGGCCGUAAACGCCUUUCCACUUGGUACUGAGCUAUGGGACAUGGAUGUCUCUGGUAGGAAUCUAGUGCUGCUCACUGCAUCCGACGAUGAUCACUACAAACUAGACUUCUACGACUUCCAGAAAUCCAAAAAGAUUUGGAAAUCGGUCAAUACUACGUUCGACGUUAAGAUAGAACAGGAUUCCAAGAUUAAAGACUUUCUCAUGCUUUUUACAAAGGAGGGGCCGGUAGCAGUAAUUCAAACUUCGAACGAAGUUAUUCUUUAUACCACUCAAUAG